UAAAAUGGAGGAUUUUGCCGCUGGUAUAAAAACCAGAUUGUUUGAAAAAGAAAAACAAGUAUGGCAAUCUAUCUUUAUUGCUGUAAAAAAUUCAUUGAUUUAUAUUGAUGAUAAUAUAGCAGAGCUCUUGCACUGGUCGGGAAGGACACUGGAUAUGUUCGACGCGGGAGCAAUAAGAAUACAAAGUAUAGAUUGUGGUUUGAGUGGCAGUAAAGAUGAAAGAAAAUCAGUGUUCAUCUCAAGUUCGUUACUACCUGGAAAAGGAAUUGAGAAAAUUCAAAAAAUUGUGGAGUCCAGCCAUUUUCAGUUUUGUACAAUUUUUUGUACAGUAACAGACGGUGACAUGUCGCUUGCAUUUAAACGAAGAACGAAUGUUGAAAAUGAAUCAUUUUAUACCAAGCUCAAGGAAAGUGUUAAAUUUUGGAUGAAUCAUGAGCAUGCAACAGUUGAAAUUCACCAUGUUCCAUGUGUUUAUGCCAAUAUUGUUCCUGGUUUGUUUUUCAUGCCUUCAUUUUCCACAUUCUUCCCCAUGCUACCUUCUGACCUACCUACAAUUAUGGAAUGGCUAAGAAAUAAGGGAGAUCAAAGAAAAUUUAAUUCUCUAUCUGAAGUGGAAAUCCAACACACACCAAAUAUUUUUCAAGUUAGAUUGAAGCUUUUAGCAUCAGCAUUGAGUUCUUUAUUUGAUGAGCUUGAACUUAAUGAAGACUGUUAUGCUAUUGGUCAUACUUCCAAAUUACUUGCGGCUGAACUUGUCAAUAUUUCUUCUACAAAAAUGAAGAAGAGUGACAAUCGCUGUACAGUAAUUUUUAUUGAUCGAACCUUAGAUCUAGUUCAAGGCUCAUCAAAGUCAACCAGUACAUCAAUGGCAGAUAAAAUAUUUGAAUUACUUCCUGCACUUCCUGGACAUAGCCUUGAUGUUGGCAUUGAUAUGAGCACUCUUAUUUCAUCAACAAAUUCAAAGAACAACAUACUAGUUCCAGGAUCAAUAGCUCACAGUCUCUUACACAAAGAUGCUCAAGAUUUAUUUUCGUCCAUAGUUAUGGAAAACAAAAAGAAAUGCUUAUCAAAAAUCCACACGAAAUUAAUGAAUCUUUUAAAAGAAGAGUCAAUUUCUGUCCCAGAAGAGAAUCAUAUUGGAAACGCUACUUCUGAAAAAUUAUCAUCAUUGAUAAAAUAUUUUAGAAAUGAUAUGAGACUAUUUGUAAAGCACUCAGCCGUGCUACAAGUGGCUAUGGCCGUAAUUAAUACAGCAGAGCAUCACGAUAAUCCAAAAUAUGAAGAAAUUGAAAGCACAGAAAAAGUACUGCAGCUAAGUCUAAACGAAGAGGAUUCGCCAAGUUGUUUAUCCCAUAUUUUAAUGUUGUUAAAAAAUGUGAGAGAUGGAGAGAGAUCGUACUGUCUUGAAGACGUAUUUCUGUUGCUCAUAUACAUAUUCUCUUUGGUUGGAGAUGAGAGCUCUGAUUCACUCCAGGAGGAAAGCGAACUUCAGGACACCAUUGUUCAGGAUAUUUUAUCUGGGACAUUAAAAGUUAAAACAAAAUGUAUAAUUGAUGUGAACAAAGAUGGUCAAAAUGUGAUAAAAAAUAAGAUAACCGGAUGUUUUCAAAAGCUUUCAGGAUUGAAGCAUUUACGACAUAAUUUUACAUCAUUCAGAGAUUUGUUCGCAAACACAUCAUCUCUACACAAUUUACGUUCGUACGAAUCGUUAGUUAAACAGAUUAUUGAAAAAGUGUUUGACCCGAAGAAGAUCGAAAUAAAUGACAUUGAGUUUAAAUCAACAAGAUUGAAAGAUUUUAUUAAGAGUGGCUUUAGUCUGUUCAUGAAUGUUUCAAAGCCUCAUCCCAGUGAUCAUCCUGUUCUCUUCUUAUUUCUUGUCGGCGGAGUUACGUGUUCUGAAGUUAAACAAAUCCAUGAGUACAUUUCAUCGCAGAAUAUUACAUCCCAGAUCAUCAUUGGUAGCACGAAAAUAUUGAACUCUCGGGAUAUCUUGAGUCAUAUAUUUUCUAAUGAUAAUGUUUUGACUAUGCCAUACAGUUGAUGAUUCAUCUCAUUAUCAUUAUUUAUUGGUUAACUCCGUCACGGGCAAACACUCCUAUAUGAAUUUGGAUAAAUUUGACCGCCCCAUCCAAGAUGGUCAUCUCCGGUCGAACCCGGGACUUUGCGUGUCGUGGUGAUGGGACAAAUUUCGUAUCCCGGAAGGAAAGCUUGACUGGCCAGACGGACUGCUAUCCUGCAUGGAUUGACGCGUGUACAACUACACUCAGCGUCAAAGAGUGCCAACAUUGAACUAACUUGUUUAGUCAAUGCCGUAAUGAACGCUUUAGUUUUUUAACUAAGACUCCUGUAGUACCCAAUAACCGGGUAUAAUUGGAUCAAAAUUAGAUUUUAAU